AUGUCACCCAUCAGUGCCAGUCAGUGCCAUGUAUCAGUGAUGCCUGUCAAUGCCCAUCAGUGCAACCUACCAGUGCCUCCUUUGAUCAGUGCCCAUCACUGCCGCCUGUCAGUGCCCAUCACUGCCGCCUGUCAGUGCCCAUCACAGUGCCGCCCACCUCUGCCAGCAGUGCCGCAUACCAGUGACGCCAGUCAGUGGUGCCCAUCAGUGUUGCCUGUAAGCGCCGCUCCGUUUGCGCCUAUCAGUGCGGCCUCAUCAGCGCACAUCAGU